CCAACAGAGCCUGGAUACUGCUUCUGCGGCACACCGGAUACCAACGACAUGAUUGCUUGCGAUGGCAAGGGCUGUGCGACGGAGUGGUUCCAUUUUACGUGUGUGGGCUUGACGCCCGAGACCGUGCCCAAGGGGAAGUGGUUUUGCGAUGAUUGUGCAGAGAAAGCGGUGAAGCGG